AUGGCGACGAGCGGGCGCGGCGGCGGCGGCGGCGGCGGCGGCGGCGGCGGCGGCGACCGCGCGUCCGCGGGGGGCUGCAGGAGGAAGGCGGCGGCCGCGGCCGGGACCCUCGCGGCAGACAUGGACUCGCACUGCGACUGUGCCGCCGAGACGCCGGCCGCCGAGCAGCCGUCGGGGAGGAUCAACAAGGCCGCGUUCAAGUUGUUCAGGAAGAGGAAAUCGGGCGGCGCGAUGCCCAGCAUUUUCGGGGUCAAAAACAAAGGGGACGCGAAAGGCUCGGGUCCGACGGGGAUGGCGAGGAGCCGGACCCACGACGGCCUGGCCGAGGGCGCCCGGGGAGAGGACGCCGCGGGGCACCGGCGCGCCGAGGAGCCCCGGGCACCCCCGGAGCCGGGCGCGGGGGAGGAGGCGCACCCGGCCGAGGAAGCCUGCAGGACAGGUGACGCUCCGGCACCGCCCGUCCCCCUGCUCGACGCGGAGUGCGGCGGCCGGGCGGCGGCCGCCCCCGACCCUUCCUCUGUCGAUCCGCCCUCAGACCCGUCGGCCGAUCGUAUUUGUUUGAUGUUUUCUGACGUGACUUCACUGAAAAGCUUUGACUCUCUUACAGGCUGCGGAGAUAUUAUUGCAGACCCGGAGGACGAGGCGGGUCCCAGCUGCGACAAGCAUGCCCCCGGGCCUGGCAAGCCAGCCCUGUCUAAAAAGAACCCCGGCGUGGUGGCCUACCAGGGCGGAGGGGAGGAGAUGGCGAGCCCGGACGAGCUGGACGACACCUAUCUCCAGGAGUUCUGGGACAUGCUGUCGCAGACCGAGGACCAGGCCCGAGGGCCCCAGGAGGCAGCGGCCACGGCGGCGGCGGCGGCGGCGGCGGCGGCCCUGGACGCCCAGGUGGGGCCGGAGACCCCCAAAGACGCCAGGUGCGCAGAAGGGGCCAAGGACGUGCCGUUGGGCAAGCACCGGAGGCUCAACCGGGUUCCCAUGGAGCUCCAUCCCAAGGAGGAGCCCAAACCCCCGGAGAAGGAGCAGCAGGAGGGCGUCCCCAACAGCGACGAGGGCUACUGGGAUUCCACCACUCCGGGCCCGGAGGAGGACAGCGCCGGCGGCGGCGGCGGCGGCGGCGGCAGGAAGGCGGCCCUCCCCCGGGAUAGCUACAGCGGGGACGCGCUCUACGACCUCUACUCCGAUCCGGAUGCGGGCCCGGCCGUCGUCCCCGCCAGCGAGGAGACGGCCUGCUUGUCCCGGUUAAAGCCCGUGUCCCCGGUCACCAUCACCUGCCCGCUGCGCACACCAGGCAGCCUGCUGAAGGACUCUAAAAUCCCCAUCAGCAUCAAGCACCUCGCGAACCUCCCGUCCAGCCAUCCCGUAGCGCACCAGCAACCGGUCAGGAGUGAGAUGCCCAGAACAAAAAUCCCGGUUUCCAAAGUGCUGGUCCGCAGGGUCAGCAACAGGGGCUUGGCUGGGACCACCAUCCGGGCAGCGGCGUGCCACGACACUGCCAAAAAGUUGUGAGGUCUCCGAGGCCGACGUGCGUCGACCACACGUCAAGGAAUACAACUUUCCCUGGGAACCACUGAAAUAAGUUUUGCUUCCCCCUAAACGGAGGCUCUUGGGACCGUCCCUGCUCCAGAGCCUAGACCCAGGAGGUCCCUGUGCGGCCAGCAGGGGCAGCAGGAUACAGCGUGGAGGGGGUGCUACACAUGGGAUUCUCCUCUCAAGAUAAGUUUCCUGAGAAUUAUUUUCAAGCACUUUUAAUUUUUUUACCUUUAAAAAAAAAAAUCUUUGGUUUUCCUUUUUUUGCUUUGAUGCGCGCAACACUUGGAAGUCACCUUUACUUGCCUUUGCAGAAAACAGGACUUACCCAAACAAACCCAAGUAAGCGUCAUGCCGUGAUACUUGGCUGUGCCAGGCAGGGUGCAAAGAGGGCCUGGAGGAACCACUGCCAACCCCAGAGGAGCCCCUCCUCUCCCAAGACACCUUCCUUCCUUCCUUCCUUCUUUUCCUUUUUCUUUCCAGGAAAAAAAAAGAGAGAGAGAGAGGGAGGGAGAGAUAGAAAGAAAGAAAGAAAGAAAGAAAGAAAGAAAGAAAGAAAAGAAAAGACCCUUUGCUGUACCACUGUGUGGGAAACACCCCCAAAGCUGAAAGAGUCUGGUCUUCACCUGAUGAGCAGAGGGGAUCAGUGAUUGGCAGAAAAUUUGCCUACUUUCAGUUGCUGGGUAUGCAAAUAGGUCACUAUCUACCACCAGGACCAUAAAGGAGCAGUUUGGUUUGCUUGGUCUAGAUCAUUUGUUUGGAGAGAAGUAAAAAGCUCAACAGAGCAGGAUUUCUUUCUUUCUUUCUUUCUUUCUUUCUCCUUUUUCUUUCCCACCCAGUGAAGAAAUUAGGAUCAGGGAAAGAUUUCUCUAAAAUGCCAAGAGACACAGUAUUUUAGCAUUUAUAAACUGUAACCUUUUCAUGUGUACAUAAUGCAUAUUUUACAGUUUAUCCAGCUGUUAACAUUUUAUAAUCUAUCAGUAACCUCGAAUUUAAAAUCUGGUUUUAUAACUAGUUAUGAUAACUGUCCCUGAACUAUUGAUGUUCUUUUAUGUACUGUAACCUAAAGCAAUUCUGUUUUUGUUUUAUAUGGGUUCUCUGGCUCUCAAUGCAGGGGUAAAAAAAAAAAAAAAAGAAAAAAGAAAAAAAGAAAAGUCUAUUGUGUUGACCUCCCAGAGGAAUGGUUCUGUCUUGUCUUGGGUAAGAGACUAUUUAUCAGAGAUUUUUACCUUGGUUAUAAAAAUUUUGGAUUCCACCACCCUACAAUAUAGGGAGUCCCAAAUGAGGAACAUAUAAAGAAAAAACAAGAGAAAAACACAGUUUUUCAUGUUAGUUGACUUUUGCUUUAUGGACUUGUGAUUGGGACAGGUAUGUUGAGAAUAUGACACUGGCAAGCAUAUGUAUCAUAAACAUUCUAUGCCAAGAUUUUUUUUUUUUUUUGAAAAGUGGCUUCCUUAUAUGUAUGUUUCCUAUUAUUUUAGAUGAAACAUUUAUUUCAGAACAGGUUACCAUAUGCCUGGAUACUUUGAGUGAUUAACUGAAGCAGCUCCUAGAACGCUAUUAGCCUCUAAUGAUUAUGUAAUAUCCUCUCUGAAAUGCUCUUCAGUGUGUGUAAUCAAAAGACCAGAGCUCCUACUAGGAGUUGAUUCAUGGUGUCGGGACGACUAGAUAUUCUCAAGCAAAACUACAUGCAUGUGAAUGGCAUAAUAUUCAUACACUAUAUGAGCUACAUAGCUCCCAUCUUCCAGAGAGAUUGCCUAAGUAAUGAACUGAUGGUACAUGUUUUUAAAGCUUGUGUUCUGUGUCAUAAAAGAAAGAAAGAGGCAAGCUAAGUAUACGGAAACCUAUUUCAACAGUACGAAAGGAAUGAAAUAAACAGACAUCAAAGGAAAACAAGUUUGAGCCAGUAGCAUAAAGCAGAUCGUUCCCAUUUUAAAUUUGCAGUGAUCCAAUUAGAAGAGGUGGUAGAGAUUUGUUGAAUUUCUUUAUUAGUCAGAUUACUGGCUUUUAUUGCAUUGUGUCACAUCCUUAAUGUCAUUUCAAAGUACUGUUUUAAUAUUUAAUUUCCUUCUAUAGAUGAGGUCCUAUAAUCAGACAUAGCCUUAAGCACUCUGAACCCACCACCAGGAAUUCAUAAAGCCACUCGCACGCACACGUGCUGAUGCACUCAACUGUGCACAAACUAACACACAAAGGCAUCUACUGCACACUUGGAAAUAUUUUACACAUUCUGUCUUGAGAAACGGAUUUAAAUUUGAUUUCACCCCGAUAGUGCUAGUUAGACUCCAGCUGCAUUCAUUUCCCCCCCCCAGCGAAUGUAAAGAACGUAAAUUUCAUUCCUAGCUGUAAAACAAAGGAUCUUGAUUUUCUUCUCGUGCAUUUGCUUGUGAGGGUUGUAGUCUCCUCUGUGUGAAUCCAUGACAAAAGUUCUGUUUGCUCAUUUGUUCAACUGUACAGGAAAGUUAAGUGUACCUGAAGUACUGAUGAGAAUAUUGUAACAGUAAAGGCAAUCUAUUGAUAAAUCUCUUUUAUAAGCACUGGGACAAACUAUUUUUGCUUUCACAGUUCUGGGACUCCUUUCUCCGAUUCCACCGCGAGGCUGUGUCUUCUUUUAUAAGUAAAGGAAAGUGUCAGCAAAGUUUACCUUCAUUUUCUCUUGCCUGGCAAUUAACCAGUUAUGCAAGAUGUAAAAUAUUUUCUCUUUUUUCUCUUUUUUUUCCCGUAUGUUUUCCAUUAAAAAAAACCCCAAAACCUCUAUAUCUUUAAGAAUUCCACCCACGCUAGUCAAAAUGA